CUUCGUUUCAAUAUUGAUUUGAGAGAAUUUGAAAUGAUCGGCAAAUCGCAUCGCCCUUGCCGUUGAGCUUUGAACCGACAAUCGAUUAUUCCUUCGGCGAUAUAAUCAAAAUCCUCCCCAGAUUUUCCAGGGCUUUCUUUUUUUAUCGUUACAUAGCCGUUACUUGUUCGCGCUCCAUUUGGAAAUUUGUUUCAAAUUUUUUUGAAAUUGGAACCCGAUCUAACGCGUUUUUCACUCCGGUCAUUCGAGCGCGGUUUCAAGAGCAUGAACGAUCAGGUGAUGACGAUGAUGAUGAACCAACAACCUCCACAGGUACAGAUUUUGAGUCAGCCUCAACCGUCUCAACUCAUGAACCAAAUACAUCCUUUGAGUCAGUCUCAGUUGAUGAUGAGUCGGAGCUGCUACGGGAUGUGGCCCCCACCGCAUCCUCCUCCUCCUCCGCCGCACGCCUCGAUGGACACGAUGAGGUUUCCAAACCCUAUCAACAAGAAGCAAGGCUUCGCAUCGAAACAACGCAAUUGGAAGGGUAAAAAGGGAAAAAACGACGCGAGGAAAGACGGUAGGAGGAAGGAAAAGCCAGCGACCAUAACCGGUGUUGGUGGCGGCGGUUCCAAGCCUUCAACGGUUAUUGAGUUGCAGUAUAUGAACCGUUUGAAGGCUAGGAGGUUUUACCCUAAUAAGAACAACAAGAAGAAGAAGAAGAAUGACAGAUUUGCCCCUUAUGCUCCACGUAACACCACCUCGUUUAUAAUUAGGGCCAAGAAGUCCGGUGGGAUUGCGGCAUUCGUUUCGCCUAGCCCCGUAACUCCGGCAGUACUACCGACGCCCAAUUUUUCACCAUCGAGAGAGGUCUUGGGGGAAAUGGCGAAGGAGGAGUGGGGAGUGGACGGGUACGGGUCAAUGAAGGGGUUGAUUAGGCUUCGAUCAUCGCCCAGUAAUGAGGGGGAUGGGCACGAAGAGGAGGAGGAAGAAGAAGAGGAAGGAGGAGGAGGGUCGAGGCCGUCGAGCGAGAGUGAUGUGGAAGAGCAUGUGGAGGUGGAGAGGAGAUUGGAUCAUGAUUUGAGCCGGUUCGAGAUGGUUUGUCCGAAUUACGGUGUGGAUUAUAACAAUGUGUUGGAGAGUAGGGUGGAAGAUCAGGAUACCCAUAUAGGUCAAUUGGAAGAGGAGAACUUGAUUUUGAAGGAGAGGGUUUUCUUAAUGGAGAGGGAGUUGGGUGACUUGAGGAGGAGGUUGGUGUGUCUUGAGAGGCAGAACCAAGUUGGAGAAAUUAAUGAGGGAGUGGUUGAUAAUGCUUCUGAAAAUGAAAGUGAGGGGAAACAGGAUAUCCGUUCGAGAGAGGAGAAUAAUGAUAAUGAGGAGGUGGAAGAGAAUAGUGAAGAGGGUGGGGAGUUUGAUUUGAAAAAGGUGAAUAAUGAGGAGAUGAGAGAGAAUGAGUUUGCUAGGGAUGAUUAUAUGGAGGAAUCUGUACAUGUAGAACAUUAAGUGAUUUUGAAGACCAAUUAGAAGGAUGGAAAAUUGGGAAAUGUGGUUGCUCAGGGAAGAGCAUUGACGACAGUGACUUGACUGAUUGUCCCGCGUUUAUGCGAGUCUCUCCCCUGAACAGAUAUAAUCUUGAACUCGGUAGAUUACACCUUGGCGUCACCCAUAUGUGCAUAGCUCCAUAUAUGUGCUCUAAGUAGAUUAACCUGUUUGAUUUUCCUUUUUUUUUUUUCUUUUUUUUGUUGAUCUAAUGAGAAAGAAGAGGACUGGUUUACUUCCCCAUUGUCAUCAUCCAGUUGGUAAAUCAGUUUCCCUAAUAAUAUGGGAUUUGAUCAUUUUUUUCUCCAUUAUAUUCGUAUCCCUUUCUUUUCCCUAUUGGGUGGGGUGGGGAUGCUGUGUUGUUGCUGCUGGAGGGUUCUUUUGUUAAUCACAUGAAUUUGUAAUCUUUGCAUUGUUCAAUAAACGUCUGAAUUGAAAACUUAUUCCUAGUUGCUUU